UUGGAGCUGGCUGUGCAACGUGGGCUUUCAUUUAUUAUAUUGUUUCCAGCCUACUAUCUUUACACAUUCUGUUGUGCUGCUGCAAAUAAGAAUCUCAUUGUUUUAUCUGGGACAUAUGACAAUAAAACACUCUUGAUUCUCAGACGUAUUUAAAAACAAAAACUUUCCGUGAGCAAACUUCUCAUCGAGUCAGUGUGGAAACAGGCCCUUCGGCUCAACUUGCCCACACCGGCCAAUGUCCCAGCCACAUUAGUCCCACCUGCCUGCGCUUGGUCCAUAUCCCGCCAAACUGGUCCAAUUCAUGUACCUGUCUAACUGUUUCUUAAAACGUUGGGAUAAUCCCAGCCUCAACUACCUCAUUGUGUCCUCUGAUCUAUUGCAGGUUGUGUCCACAUCAUGGCCAUGUCGGGGGAUAUUACGGAUCAGAUACAAAAUGAUCUAUUAAACUGCAAGAUCUGCCUCAGUAGGUUCAUACAGCCCAAGAUGCUGCCUUGUGCUCACACCUACUGCCAGGGGUGCCUGGAGAAGAUGGUUAGGUCAGACCGGAAGGUGCAGUGCCCGGAGUGCAGGGAAGAGUUUGACGUGAGAGGUGGGGUCAGCAAACUCAAGACCAACUUUCACAUUAACAGUCUGAUGGAUAUCAUCAAGAGCAAGGAGAAUGAGAAGGUGGUCUGCAGUUGGUGCGCGACAGCUGGUCUCAGCGAGAUUGCCGCCGUGGCUCGGUGUAAAACCUGCCUCAAGUGCCUCUGCCCGCCUUGCAAGCUCACCCAUGGGACUGCCAACCCGCGCCACGUGCUGGAGGAUCUGCCCGGUUACGUCGCCGGCCCUUGCGAGGCAGAGACAAAGAUGCAGAAGAUGAUCUACUGCCAGGGCCACCCAGGAACCCUGGUGGACCAUCUCUGCAACACCUGCAACAGCGUGAUCUGCAGCAGUUGUUCCUCGCAUGCCCACGCCAGGCACUCGAAGGUGUCCCUGGCCAACGCAGGGGCCACAGCUAGACCCACGGUGAUGAAUCUCAUGGAGAGACUGAAGACUGACAUGCAGUCGCUGGUCCAACAGGAAGACGACAUCGUCCAGGCAAUGGAGGGGAUGAAGGCGACGGAAAGAUCACUGAUGUCUAUGAUAGAGUCCACCCUGGCCGAGGUCAUAAACAACUUGAUAAAACAUGGCGACACCAUCAAGGACACGCUCUCCAGUUACGUCAGGGAGCAGGAAGAAUUGUACAAGGUCGCGCGGGAUGAUAUUCAGCUCAAGAUCAAGAAGGCGAAGGACACCAGGGAAUUUUCCCAGGGGGUCCUGGGUUCCGGUAAAAUGAGGGAAAUAGUCUGCCUGCGGUCCGUCGUGGAAGAACAGAUCGAUGGACUCCAAGCGCCGAGGGUCCCGGACGACAAGAAGACCCGCCCCAGCCUGACCGUCAACGAGUCGCUCAAGAGCAUGCUGUCUCACUCCAACCUUUUCAGCCUCACCUUCGGUGAAGAAUCGGCCGCCAAGGCAGUGGCCGUUCCAGCAAAAAGCCCGCAGGCCUACACUCCCCUCCCCCAACCCAGGCAGAGGGCGUGGAAUCUACAUUGGUUCAACACAGAGCUGGGUGGUGACCAGUACGAUCCGGCGCUGACGGGCGUUAGCGUCUCCAACGACGGCAUCAUCGUGGUGGCGGACGAAGACAAUUCCCUUCUGAAAUGCUUCACCGACGACGGGCACCUCACUGCGACCAUCUCACUGCCGGACAAUAACGCACAUCCAUGCAGUGUUGCCAUCUUUGACGACACCAUCGCCUGCUCGUCUGGGAACCGGCUGUACAUGCUGGACAUGGACGGGACUUUGCUGAGGAAGCUUUUCCUCCGCGGCUACGAGUCCGUCUACCCCCUCGCCGCCUACAGGGAUGAAUACGUGGCUGUGAGUGAGGGGUCCAUGUGCUCCCUCUCCCUGUACAACAGCAACGGGCAGGUGGUCGACAGGGUGAAGCCGUACGGCUACGAGGGGGGGCGGUUCCUCUUCCUCGCCAUCAACAGCGACGAGCAGUUCAUCGUGGUCGACUGCGGCAAGAAGUGCAUCCUGAUCUUCGACAGGGAUGGCUACAUCUUCACCACCUGUGACCAGGUCACCAUGAACGGGGUGGGUCAGGCGAUCUGUCCCUACAGCAUCUGCACGGACAAAGACGACAAUAUUAUGGUCACCGAGUGGAACCGGAUCCUCUUGUUUUGGCCCAACGGGAACUUCAGGGAGGAGCUGCUGACCGUCGCCAACGGCCUUCACAAACCACGUGUCAUCACCGUCGACAAUUACAACAACCUGGUCGUCACCCAAGGCAACGGGUUCAUCACCAUAUACCAGCUGGACCUCUCUUAGUGCAUCGGUGACAGGAGCACAACUAGACCACUCGGCCCAUCUAGUCCACUCCGCCCUUUGAUCUCUCAUUCCCUCCCAACCCCCUUCUCCUAACCUCUCCCCAUCACCCCUGGCACCCGUACUAAUCAGGAAUCUAUCUGUUUCUGCCUUGAAAAUACCCAUUGACUUGGCCUCCACAGCCUUCUAUGGCGCAGCGGGUAUGGAGUUUGCAGGUUCUCCCUGCGACCGUGAGGAUUUCCUCCCACAUCCCAAAGACGUGCGGGUUUGUAGGAUGAUCGGCCCACUGGAGAUUGCCCCUAGUGUAUAGGAAGUGGAUGAGAAUUUGGGAUUACAUAGAACUGGUGUGAACAUGUGAUCGAUGGUCAGCAUGGACUUAGUGCUUUUAGUGACAUGGGCAGGCAUGUGGAUAUGCUGGAAAUUGAGGGAUAUGGGCCAUGUACAGAUAGAUUAGAUUACUAUAUUUUGGCAUCAUAUAUUUCAACAUCAACCCUGCCUUCUGUGGCAAUGAAUUCCACAGAUUCACCACCCUCUGACUAAAGAAAUUGAUCCUCAUCUCCUUCCUUUUUAUCGGAGGCUGUGGCCUCUGGUCUUUGACUCCCCCACUCAUGGAAACGUCCUCUCCACAUCCACUCUCUCCAGGCCUUUCACUAUUUGGUAAGUUUCAAUGAGCCCCCCCCCCCCCCCAACAUCCUUGUAAACUCCAGCGAGUACAGGCCCAGUGCCAUCAGAUGCUCAUCAUACGUGAACCCAUUCAUUCCUGGGAUCAUUCUUAUAAUCAUCCACUGGACCCUCUCCAACGCAUCCACAUCCCACCUUGGAUGUGGGGCCCAGAACUACGACGAGCCACCACCAUCAUUCCACCAUCUCGAUCGUGGCUACAGCACAUGACAAAAGGUGCAACGGUAGAGUUGCUGCCUCACAGCGCCAGAGACCGGGAUUCAAUCCUGACCUCGGGUGCUGUCUGUACAGAGUUUGCACGUUCUCUCCCUGACCUGCGUGGGUUUUCACCUGCUCCUCCAGAUUCCUCCCACACACCAAAGAUGCACGAGUUUGCAGGUUAAUUGACUUCUGUAAAUUGUCCCUAGUAUGUGUAGGAUAGAACUAGUGUACGGGUCACGAAUGGUUAGCACAGACCCGUUGGGCCGAAGGGUCUGUUUCCACACUGUAUCUCUAAACCAAAUGCAAUGUUAGUGAUUACUGACCAAGUCUUGGUUAAAGUCCACAUUGAACUUUGAUUAAGUCUCGACCCGAAAAGUCACCAAUUCCUUUUCACCAGAGAUGCUCUCUGACCCGCUGAGUUACUCCAGAUUUUUGUGUCUCUCUGUAUUUGAUUAGCUCUCUCAAGCAUGGCAGUUACCAAUUAAUCUAGUCAUAUUUCUGAUUUAUGUUUAUAGUGAAUAGAAGAGCUUAUCAAAAUGUUGUUUUCAUACAAGCAAAAAACAUAACUAAUCAUUCCAUUCGAUCCAAUCUCUUGUUUGCCUCAAUGUGCUCUUUCGUUGCUGUAAUUAGAAAAUUAAAUAAACAUUUAUGAAGUUCUUUAACAUCA